UUUGAUUUAUUUAGCGUUGACAUAAAAAUUCCUAGGUAUAUUUACUAACCGAUCACAUACGGGUUAAUAAUACUUUUUCUGAAAUUGCAAUGUUAAAAGGAUUUUGAAAAAUACCCUGCGAGCACAUACAGCGCCUCCAGUACCAUGCCCUCUCUUGGUGAAGUGUUCCGAUAGGGCGCUGGGCCGAACAGCACUAUGAAUACCCAGAAGGCCGGGGGCCCCGGGGGCCCCACACCAAGCUCCCCAUCACCCCGCCAACGGAUGUCUCACUUCAGCCUGCGUGGCCGGAAGAAGAAGGAGGGCCUGAUCCGAGGCAAGCUCCGUAUCCGCUCCAUGCCGGGGGCUUUCCUCGUGCUGGGCGUUGUCGUGGUGGUAGUGGGCACUGGCCUUGGCGGUGGCGGGGUAACUGGCCUUACCGGACCCACCGGUCCCCCCAGCUGCUCGGGAGCUGGACAGAAGAGCUCCAGCUCUUCGGACAGGGCCGGAGGGUGUCGGAGGCGGCGGGGUCCCCGAGUCCCAGUCGUCCAGCUUUGAGCCAGGGGCUAAAGGCCUCCCGGCCAGGGCCAGUCCUGGUCCACAGCGAGCGCAUGAAGCUCCUCGGCCCGGUCAUCAUGGGCGUGGGCCUGUUCAUUCUGAUCUGUGCCAACACGGUGCUGUACGAGAACCGCGACCGCGAGACCAAGAUGCUCCUGGCCCAGAUGCGCAGCGUCCUCUGCUCCGUGUCGGCGGCCGUGCCCUCGGCCGACCUUUCGGACAUGGCGGCGGUCAACUCCAUGUCCCGACAAUACCAGUGGGUGAGCAGCCUGCCGGCGGCACACCUCAACAUCAUCUGCCUCCAGCAGCUGGCGAACUCAGAGCCCCUGCUGCGAACCUGCGGGGGUCGCCGGGAGACGGAGGAGGGGGCGGAGUAUCCAUACCAGCGGGACACCUUGUGGACGGAGGCCCUGCACCACCAGGGCUCGACCGCCACGCCCGUCCUCCACUCCGGCUCUUGCAACUCCAGCAGCACAGACUUCAGCCGCGGGGCGCGAUGACUGCGAGCCGGGGGUGGG